GCAUCGAUCUGCGCAUGCGCACAUAGGAUCUGCUCGUGGACGUUGGACAAAGUUGUUCCACUUUGUGUUUGUUGUGUUGCGUGUUUGUGAGGAACAUGCUGCUCACGUUCUGGGUGCUGCUGGCGUCGGGCUUGUGGCGCUGUGACGUCAUCAGGGCGUACGUCUUCCAGGCCAGCCGACCCGCGGAGGGCGGCGAUGCCCCGCCCCCCCACACCAAAGUGGUGUCAGAGUGGGUCAGCUCGGCGGGGUCGUGCAAGGGGCGGUGCUUCGAGCUGGAGGAGGCGGAGCCACCAGGAUGUCGGUGUGAUAACUUGUGUAAAACGUACUACAGCUGCUGCUCUGACUUUGACCACCACUGUCUGAAAACAGCGGGAGGUUUCGAGUGCCGUCAGGAGCGUUGUGGCGAGUCGAGGAAGGAGGAGCAUGCGUGCCAUUGCUCGGAUGACUGCCUGGAGCGAGGAGACUGCUGCUCCAACUACAAGUCAGCUUGCAAAGGCGAGACGUCGUGGGUCCAAGGAGAUUGCGAGCACAUUGGUGGCGCCGAGUGUCCCGCCGGCUUCGUCCGGCCCCCCCUCAUCAUGCUGUCUGUGGAUGGCUUCAGGGCGUCCUACCUGAAGAAGGGUGUGUCCAUCAUCCCCAACAUCCAAAAACUCAGGUCUUGCGGGACGUCAGCGCCGUACAUGCGUCCCGUGUACCCGACCAAGACCUUUCCUAACUUGUACACGCUGGCCACGGGCCUCUACCCGGAAUCCCAUGGGAUUGUGGGGAACACCAUGCAUGACCCGGUCUUCAACGCCACCUUCAGCCUGCGUUCCCGUGAGAAGCUCAACCACCGCUGGUGGGGGGGGCAACCGAUCUGGAUCACGGCCGAGGAGCAAGGCGUAAAGGCCGGAACCUUCUUCUGGCCCUGGGUCAUCCCGCUAGAGCGCCGCAUCCUGACCAUCCUGCACUGGCUGCAUCUGCCCGACCACCACAGGCCGUACGUGUACGCCGUGCACUCGGAACAGCCCGACACCUUCGGACACCGCCUGGGCCCGCUGAGCAGUGAGCUGGACAACCCCCUGAGGGAGAUCGACAACAUCAUCGGUCAGCUGAUGAACGGCUUGAAGCAGAUGAAUCUUCAUCGCUGUGUCAACGUCAUCAUCGUUGGAGACCACGGCAUGGAGGAGGCCCACUGCGACCGCACGGAGUUCCUGAGCAGCUACCCGCUCAACAUCGAUGACAUCUCGCUCAUUCCGGGAUCGCUGGGCAGGAUCCGACCCCGCGAGCCCAAGUCAGGCUUAUAUGACCCCCAGGAGGUGGUCGCCAACCUGACGUGCAAGAUGGCCACGCAGCACUUCAAGCCGUACCUCAAGCAGCACCUGCCCAAGAGGCUUCACUACGCCAACAACCGCCGCAUCGAGGACGUGCACCUGCUGAUGGAGAGGAAGUGGCACAUCGCCAGGAAAAUGCCAGAAAAGAUGCGGACUCGGUGCGGUUUCUAUGGCGACCACGGCUUUGACAACAAGAUCACCAGCAUGAGGACCAUCUUCAUGGGACACGGGCCCAGUUUCCGCUUCCAGACUCAAGUGGCGGAGUUUGACAACAUCGAGCUUUACAACGUCAUGUGUGACCUGCUGGGCCUGAAGCCGGCACCAAACAACGGGACGCACGGGAGCCUGAACGACAUGUUGAAAGAACCGCCGUUUGAGCCCGUCAUGCCAGAUGAAGUGACGCCGCCGUCGCUGGACACAGAGGUGGUGGCGACCUCUGACCUCGGCUGCAGCUGUGACGACGAGAACAAAGUGGACGAGGUGACGGCGACCUUCAGCCCCGCUCAGGACAACAUCUACGACUACAACAGCACGCUGCUGCCCUUUGGCCGCCCCGCCGUCAUGUUCGAUGCCCACUACGGUUUGCUUCAUCACACAGACUUCAUCAGCGCCUACAGCCGCCAGCUCGCCAUGCCGCUGUGGACGUCCUUCACGCUGCCGCCGCUGCAGGAGGACGUGACGCCUCUUCCAGGCGGUUCUACCGGCAGCCCCUGUGUCCGGAUGGACCCACGCGUGUCAGCGGAUCACAGUCCGAGCUGCACCGCCUACCAGCAGAACCGUCUCCUCACCUACGGCUUCCUCUUCCCGCCUGAGUUGGCGUCAUCUCCCGAGUCCAAAUACGAGGCGUCGCUCAUUACCAACACCGUGCCCAUGUUCCCCGCCUUCACCAGAGUGUGGCGUUAUCUGCAGGGGGCGCUGCUGAGACGCUACUCCCAAGAGAACGGCGGCAUCAACAUCCUCGCCGGGCCUGUGUUCGACUACGACUACAAUGGCCACCGUGACGCCCUUGAGGACAUAAGAGUAUGGUCUCCCGGUGCACGACCCAUGCCCACCCAUUUCUUCACCGUGGUGACGAGCUGCCGCCAGCCCAACAAGACGCUGGACGAGUGUGACGGAGAGCUGAGCGUCUUUUCCUUCCUGAUCCCGCACCGAGCUGACAACAGCGAGACGUGCAACAACCAAGACGACGAGCAACAGUGGGUGGAGGACCUCCUCAAGCUUCAUACGGCCCGAGUCCGAGACGUGGAGAUCCUGACGGGUCUGGACUUGUAUCGUUCCACCAACCAGACCUACAGCAGCACCCUGAGCCUCAAAACCUACAUGCACACCUUCGAGAGUGACGACUAGACCACCGCAGCCCCGUCGUCUGUUUUUGUUCAUCCAUGACCGCUAGCACAGCAACAGCACUCUCACCUGAGUGGGCGUGGCCAGAUUAAAGGUGACAUGUUGGAGACGCACAUACACACACGUGUUGAUCUUAGUACACGAUGCAAUUCCAUGUUGGAACUCGAUGAACUGUUCACUUGAGUGUAAUGUUCCGUUUCAGCCAUGGGAGGGCGCCAUUGCUCCUAGUUUUAACAUCACUGACUGCCAUGUUUUAUUUAACGCUCAAAAUAAAAAUGAUAUUCAUAUCCAGAAAA